GUCAUUACUGAAGGAUGGCGGCGAAUUCGUUCCAACUUUUGCUUUGACAUUGUAAUGUUAAUAACAAUUUGCAGAACACUUUGUUCAUCUUCCAAGGAAAAGAUGGUGAGGAUAUUGAAUGUUGCAGAAAAAAAUGAUGCCGCCAAGUCAAUCGCCGCUGUCAUGUCAAGGGGAAGUGCUCGAAAGAGGGAAGGAUUUUCCAAAUUCAACAAGAUUUAUGAAUAUGAAUACAACAUUCUGAACCACAGCAAUUGCACCAUGACCAUGACAUCUGUGUCUGGACAUCUUUUAGGACUCGACUUCGUAGGCAACUAUAAGAAAUGGUAUAGCUGUAAUCCUGUUGCACUGUUUGAUGUGGAAGUGGAGAAGUACUGCCCUCAAAAUUUUACUGACAUCAAAAGAACUCUAGAAAGGGAGGUAAGAGGUGUGCAUGCUCUUAUCAUCUGGACAGACUGUGACCGUGAAGGGGAAAACAUUGGAUACGAAGUCAUUCAAGUUUGUAAAAGUGUAAAACCAAACCUAAGAGUAUACAGAGCAAGGUUUUCUGAGAUCACACCACAAGCCAUACAAAGAGCCUGUAGAAACUUAGUGGAGCCUGACCAGAAUACCAGUGAUGCUGUGGAUGUCCGGCAGGAGCUGGACUUAAGGAUAGGGGCUGCAUUUACAAGAUUCCAGACUUUAAGACUACAGAAGAUCUUCCCUCAGGUUUUAUCGGAUCAGCUGAUCAGCUAUGGAAGUUGUCAGUUCCCUACCCUUGGUUUUGUGGUCGAAAGGUACAAACAAGUUCAGGCUUUUGUACCAGAGCCAUUUUGGAAAAUUAAAGUUACCCACAAACAGGAAGAGAGUACCAUAGACUUCAACUGGAAAAGGGUGCGUCUGUUUGACAACACUGCAUGUCUGGUUUUGUAUGAGCACUGUACUGAGAAUCCUACAGCGACAGUGAAGGAUGUCAAAUGUAAAAGUAAGAGCAAGUGGAGACCUCAGCCACUGGAUACUGUGGAAUUGGAAAAGCUUGCCUCCAGAAAGUUAAGGAUCAAUGCCAAGGAAACAAUGAAAAUAGCAGAAAAAUUGUACACCGAAGGAUACAUAAGUUAUCCACGUACCGAGACCAACAAGUUUCCUCCUGACCUUGACCUUGGGAGACUGGUGGAGCAACAGACUGUUGAUGGUGUUUGGGGAGAAUUUGCAAGGCAAGUGUUAGAGCAAGGACCACGUCCACGGAAUGGCAGUAAGACUGAUCAGGCACAUCCCCCCAUUCACCCCACCAAGUACACGGACAGGCUUCAGGGCAAUGAGAAGAGGGUUUAUGAAUUCAUUGUUAGACAUUUCCUGGCGACUUGCUCCAGUGACGCUCAAGGUCAGGAAACCAUCGUGGAAAUAGAUAUUGCUGAGGAAAAGUUUUCAGCCCAGGGCCUCAUGAUUACUGCCAGAAACUACUUAGAAGUGUACCCUUACGACCGCUGGAAUGCCAAGGUUAUUCCUGUGUACAGUCAAGGGGACAGUUUCCAGCCUAACUCCAUUGAGAUGAUUGAAUCAGAGACCAGCCCACCAUCUCUCCUGUCAGAGGCAGAUUUGAUUGCAUUAAUGGACAAACAUGGAAUUGGAACAGAUGCUACACAUGCUGAUCAUAUAGAGACCAUCAAAAGUCGAAUGUAUGUUGGACUACAAGGGGACAACAAAUUCAUCCCUGGUCAUCUCGGCAUGGGACUUGUUGAGGGUUAUGAUGCAAUGGGGUAUGAAAUGUCCAAACCACAUCUCAGGGCAGAAUUGGAGGCAGAUUUAACAAGGAUUUGUGAGGGCAGAAAGGAUAAAAAUGUUGUCUUAGAAGAGCAGAAACAGAAAUACAAACAAGUGUUCAUUGAAGCAUGUCGGCAGGCCUUAAAGAUUGAUGAAGCGCUGGCAAAGUAUCUCGGGGAGGCCCAGCCCAUGCCUGCAGAACAUGCAUUAGAAACAUUAGCCUCAUCGCCAAUCAAAAAAUGUCCGAACUGUGGUCAGGAUAUGAUGUUGAAAACAAAGAAAGAUGGAAAGGGCUUCUACAUAGGCUGUAUGGGCUAUCCCAACUGUAGGAAUGCUGUUUGGCUGCCAGACUUUGUACUGGAGGCAACGGCUGUAGACACAUCUUGUCAGACAUGUGCUGGAGUACGCCUGAUCAAGUUCAAGUUUAAACGAGGUUCUGUCCCUCCUAUGGUGCCUACAGAGUAUUGCGGUUGUAUUGGAGGAUGUGAUGAAAUGCUGUCCGAAGCCUUGAAUCUUAACAGGAACAUGAGUUCCAGUCAAAGGCCUGCUACAUUAUCUAACCAGACAAAUCUAUCAGAUAGUGGUAUAGGUUCAACAUACAACUCCCAGGCCAGUGGUAGAACCAACAACAGACCAUCACAGUCUACCCAGAGACAAAAUAUAUCAACAUACAACAGUAGUACGAACAACAAUACCCAGACAGGAAAUGGUGUACAGGGAGGUAACUCUCGUGUUCCCCUGGUGUCAGUGUCACCAUUCAACAGAAAUACAUCUGCUCCAGCAGCUAGUGGCGGUAAUGCUAUUGUAUGUUCCUGUGGAGACGAUGCUUUGUUACUAACAGUGCGCAAAGAGGGACCCAACACAGGUCGACAGUUCUAUAAAUGUGGAUCAUCUAAAUGUAACUUUUUUCUUUGGGCUGAUGAGACACCUGACAUUGAUGGAGGAGGGGGUGGAGGGGGUAACACCACUCACAACAGGAAUACCAGUACUUCUGGUAGAGGUAAUCAUCCCCCACUAUCGGGAAACUCAGGAGGAGAAGAAUGUCACUGUGGAAACACGGCUAAAAAAUUAUCAGUACAAAAGGACGGACCAAACAAAGGGAGACAAUUCUUGGCAUGCAGUAAACCCCGUGGUGAAGGUUGUAAUUUCUUCCAGUGGGUUGACGAGAUGGGAAGUAAUGAAAAUACAGGUGGUGGUAGUGAGUGGAACCAAAGAGGUGAUAAUAAAAGACGUGGUGGGGCUAACAGUGGGGGACCAGUUACAAAGAAGGCGAGGAAAUGUGGCUUAUGUGGAGAGGAAGGCCACACAAGAAAGACCUGUCCACACAAGUGAGAGUGAAUCUAAGGAACUUUAUUGUUAUGUUACGGAAUUAUUUAUUUUACCUGUCAUAUAUUUUUAUGAAAUACCAAAUACAGAUGCAUGGUCCUAUCUGAA